AUGGACGGUCGUCCUCCAAAAAGACAACGCAGAUCCAAUGCAAAGCAAGAUGGGGCAAGAAAAUUAACAUCGAAACACCGAAAAGACCCGAUCAUUAUCCCAGGUAGCUCUAGUCCGAUCGAGUCCACAUCAGAACCCUUCGCCCUCUCUUCACGCCCUAAACCAUCAUACUCUCGUGGCACAACGCCGUCACGAAUUGCUUCAUCCUCUCCCUCUCCGAAUAAGAAGGUCAAAUCAUCGCCAAAACUAGACUCGAAAUCCAAAUCCCUGCAUAGCUUCUUCCAGCCUGCAACCGAAGGACAGCGAUGGGCUUCACAGAAGACCGAGGGACAGUCCCUCCCAUCGGUCAAGGAGACGGUCGAUGUGGACUUGAUUGAGGAUGACUACGACUCCUACGAUGAAAUCUUCACACAGCAUUUGACCAACGAGCGAACGGGGAUAGGUCUGACAGCUAUCAACUCUAGUCAGACGCAUCAGCCUGCGCCGAAGCCAAAGGCCCAUGUUCAACCGCCGAGGAAAAUGACAAAAAGGUUUCUUUUGCCUACAGACUGUGGAAAAAGUGUUUCGAAGGAAGCACUUCUUGCACAACCGGCUGGUGAAUCUGACCGUCGACCAUGGGCUCAGCGGUUCGCUCCAGCUAGUCUAGAUGAGUUGGCUGUUCACAAGAAGAAGGUCUCGGAUGUACAGCACUGGCUGGAAGAUGUCUUUGCUAGCAGGCGGGCUGAGAGGCUACUUGUGUUGCGGGGUCCAGCAGGCAGUGGCAAAACAACGACUGUAUCCUUACUCUCCGAGUCACUUGGAUAUGAUAUUAUCGAAUGGAAGAAUCCCCCGGCGUCGGAGUUUGGCACUCGCGAUUAUCAAUCCGUGGGCGCUCAUUUUGAUGAGUUUCUUGCGCGGGGAGAUAAAUUUAGAGGACUUGAUCUGAAGAAUACCAACGAGUACGAUCUCCCGCAAGACGAGAACCCCCGGGGCCAGCGAGUCUUUCUCAUCGAGGAGUUUCCAAUUAUCCUUGGUCGAGCAUCUUCCGCCCUCGCGGCGUUUCGGGCGUCUCUUCAGCGAUAUCUGGCCGCCUGUGGGAAUAGCCAUGUGCGCAGCAAUGCUGAAUUGCAUAGCCCACCCAUCAUCAUCAUUGUAUCAGAGAAUUUGUUAGGAUCUGCAUCCUCAAUCUCAGAUAACUUGACAGUUCAUCGGUUACUGGGGCCAACGAUCUACAAUCACCCCGGGACAACGAUAUUGGACUUCAAUAGCAUUGCAGCCACUUUCAUGCAAAAGGCUUUGCGCUCUAUAUUGGAAAGAGAAGCGCAAAGUUCCAGACGUGUCCAGAUUCCCGGACCGGGGGUUAUAGACAAAAUUUCCGAAAUCGGCGAUAUCCGCAGUGCAAUCUCAUCUCUCGAGUUUCUCUGUCUUAGGGGAGAUGAUACGGGGGGAUGGGGAGGCAGAUUGGUCAAAACGAAGAAGGCGCGAGGCGAAGUCGCUUUGACGGCGAUGGAGACAGAGUCUCUCAAAUUGAUCACACAGAGAGAGGCCAGUUUGGGCAUGUUCCACGCUGUUGGAAAGAUCGUAUACAACAAACGUAUGGACCCAGGUUUGAUCGAUGGCGAAGUAGAGAUACUUCCACCACCACCGCAUUACCUGCCUCAAUAUGAUCGACCGAAAUCUUCACAAGUAUUGGUCAAUGACCUAAUCGAUGAGACUGGGACCGAAAUUUCAACGUUCAUCAGUGCUCUCCAUGAAAACUACAUACCAUCUUGUGAUGGGGACAAUUUUACGGACUCUUUGAACGACUGCAUCGAGUCACUUUCCGAUAGCGACAUUCUGAGCGCCGACCGCCGAUCAGGACAAGGCGCACGUGCGGGGAUAGGAACUGGAAUCACCUCUUUCGGUGGCGGUAUCGAUGUACUGCGGCAGGAAGAAAUUAGUUUCCAGGUUGCGGCGCGUGGCCUUCUUUUUGCCUUGCCAUACCCGGUCAAGAGACGGGUUGGGCCUGGAGGCGGACGAAGCCGUGCGGGUGAUGCCCAUAAAAUGUUCUACCCGGCAUCUCUGCGAUUAUGGAGAGACUGUGAGGAGAUUGAAGGACUGGUCGAUUCGUGGAUGAACCGCCUGCUUGAUCCUUUCCAGUAUCAACCUCUUUCUCAAACUGGCACUGAGCCUACAGGUGUCAGUUCUUGGAAAAGUCUCCAAGUUGGCAGAUCGGAAUUGAUCAACUCUGGAAAUAAAGAUGACACUCCAAGUGUAGUCACGAUGAUUCCCCGGCAUGACCUUCUCCUCUACCAGUUACCCUACAUGGCUGCAAUCCGGCGUCAGGACCCGGAGUGUUGGCAGUUGAAUAAAAUUACCAGUAUUCGCGCCACCAACGAGAGUCUUCGCAACGACCGCAUUGAUGAUAUAGAGGAGCCCCCGGCAUAUCGAUUACGCAUGUCUCAAACUAGCAGCAAAACGCUUGGAUCUCGACUGCCACAGGAAGAGAAAUUGAUACUCAGUGAUGAUGAUAUUGUCGAUUGA